UGUAUUAUUAUACAUUUGCAGUUUGUAACCUUCAGGUUGAACGAAGGCUUCACGGUGUUUCUGGAGAGGAAGAUUGUGGGACGUUUAGAGGGUGAGCCGAUGCGUCAAUUUGAAGCGCAAUCGGGUUGGGAGGACUCUUUAUUGGUAGCGAUAAAAGAGCAGUUCAAUGAACAACAUCCAUAUACACGACUCGUUCAAGAUUUGAAAGGUGUUGAUCCUGAUGAUGCUUACUCUCCAAUACCAUAUGAGAAGGGUUCAGCAUUGUUGAUGUAUUUGGAACAGCAACUUGGCGAUUCGGCCGCUUUUGAGAAGUUCCUCGCCGAUUACGUAAAGAAAUUCUCCGGAAAGUCCAUAAUCACAUCGCAAUGGAAGGAGUUCCUCUACGAAAGUUUCCCAGAGAAGAAAGCGGUCUUGGACGCAGUCAAUUGGCAAAACUGGUUAUACGAUGUCGGUGUGCCACUCAGUAAACCGAAUUACGAUGGACAGCUGUUACGAGAUGCAGUUGCACUGGCUAAGCGAUGGAUCUCGGCGAACGAUUCGGAUUUGCCGAAAUUCACCGAUGCAGAUUUUAAGAAUCUCUCAUCUCCGCUCAAACUGAAGGUGUUGGAUACGAUUCGUACGGCUGACCGUCUACCAGAGAAUAAAAUCACUCGAAUCGAUCAGCUCUAUAAACUAUCGUCCACUGGUAAUUGCGAUCUGUUAAGCUCGUGGAUACAACUCGCGCUCAAAGCUCAAUGGAAACCAAUCAUUCCAGUUGCACUUAAGUUUGUGACGGAUUAUGGACGAAUCAAAUAUUUACGUCCAGUCUACAAAGGGUUAUUCCUAUGGACGGAAAGUGCUGGUCAGGCCAUAGCACAGUUCCAGAAGAACGCACCAUCAAUGCAUCCAAUCAGUGUAUCAGUCGUAUCGAAACUUAUCCCGAAAUAG